AUGGGCUUCAAAAAGUUCAGAGCAGAUGUUUCCACGGCCGCCCAGAAAGUCGCCAGCGGUGCCAUUUCCGGCGUGCUCUCUGUGACAAACGGCGAUUCUGACGGCAAUGUCGUCAUCAAAUACCACCACGACAGCCUGACACGAGACAUACACAUCCAAGUCCUGGCCCAGGAUGUCAGCGAAUAUCCCGACGGAAACUCGUUUCUGCUCUGGACCGACGACCCCGAUCCGCCCCCGCCUGUCGAGGCUGCCGUCAAGGUCGCUCAGGAUUGUCUCUCUGGCCUCUCUGUCUACGAAAUGGUGGCCGUAUUUGCUGGUCGUCUCGAAAAGGAGAUUGUUCGUGACGUCGGCGGCGAGGAUGACAGCCUGGACGAGUACGACGAUGAGGAUGAAAACGACGACUACGAUGCCGCGUAUGACGCAGACUACCCUUCCGAUGGAGACGAAUUCGGCCUGCCCUCGUCGACUUUCCGAUCGUUCCAUCAACGCGCGAAGCCCGUAGAUACACCAAAGCCUCUACUUCAGCGCAUCAGACGGGAUCUGCGCCAAAUUAAGCAAGCCGGAUACAAGGUCGGUUUCCUCGACAGCUUUGGCAGGACAGCCGCAACCGGCAUCGUUUCCAUCUCCGUCCGCGUGGACAAACUAGCCCUGUCGGACGAAGCCAUGGAGGCCUGGGACGUGAAGUUCCCCGAUUAUGUCGUCCUACUUAUUCGCUUCGCGAAGAAAUACGACCCUUUGGAGCGUGUCAUUGCCCAGGCCGCAUCUCACACCGAGGUGACAUUUCGCAUCGGGAAAUGCAACAAAUACAAACCAUCCCUCCACCAGGCGCUGGGCGCCUUUGCAGAAUCCACCCACGCUCUAGCCCUUGACAACAGCGAGACGAAGCAUGCAGACGUAGCUCACUUCGAGAAGCUCUUCAUUUCCAAUUCUCUGGAAUCGUUUCUGAACGAGAGUUUUAUCUCUCUGCUGAAGAUCCGCGAAAACUCACAUCUGGAUUGGGAGGGGGCAAACGAAUACUUCCUGACACGGACUGGUUUCUGCACUGAGGCCGACCAGCCACCGCAGCCCCCUGCUCCCGGCCAAGCAUCCCAGACUUCGGACCUCGCAGCAGACGGGCAUGAUAUUCUCGGUCGGGACCAUCUCCUGGAGGAGGGUCCAGCAAAUGAGCGCAGCCUGCCCCUCGUAGCAAUGCAGUUCGCCAUGCGCUACUUUGUCAAAUGCACCGAGUACUGCCUGCGGUGUCAUCGUCGGCUGGAAAAGGGUUUCGAGGCUCUCAGGCCAUACGUCUGCUCUGACCCGCUGUGCUUGUUUCAGUACAUGGCCAUGGGAUUUGGUCCUGCCGUGGAGCACGAGAUACUCACGGAACCCUACGUCGUCGACCUUCUCGUCAGUCUGUGCUACACCGCCAUUCAGCCAUUUCGGGGAUAUGGCUACGGCGUCGCGCCUCAAACGGAAACAAAGCUCCCAAUUCGCUCCCUUCCAGUUGGAUUGCGCCUCAGGGUCCCAGACCUGCUCAGCGUUACGGCCACUCCCCUGAACGCAAAAGUGACGGCUGACAAGUCCCGUCUGGUUUUCGAUGGUGAGGGCGGCCAGGGCUUCGUCGACCAUCUGGCCCCGGCUCGGUGGCUCGCGUUCCGCACGCCUAGCGAGAGCGGAGUCUUCCAUGCACGUGUACGAGAAGUCAAUAUUGCCAUGAAAACGGCUGCCAUUGACGUGAUGGGUAAGUCGGCCGCCACCUGGGCUAUGAUACAACAGCUGCCGGGCACAGCCGGGCCGGCGCUUGACGCCAUGUAUGGUCCAUAUCCAGGCGUGGUCCAACCUCAUCCAACCCCGGCGGAAAUGGGCAUCGCUGAUGUUUACCCUUACGACGCCGAGUUCGAUUCAAUGGACGACACCAGCAAAGGAAUUGCCAUGCGCCACGUCCUUGAUACUCUGCCGUCCAUUCUCGAGAUCGGGGACUGGCUGUCUAGCCAUCCUCACAGCACCCUCCGUUCCAUGGAGCGUAUUUCUCCGGCCGCGGCAUCCCUUCUCCGGUGGAUCGUGUCCUCGAACCGUUCUUGUAUCUUCCAAGUCGACCGGUCGCGCCUUGUCACCCAACCAGCGCAGAAAGGAUCCGAAACCCCAGCAGGCGGGUCCAAAGGGCAGAACACGAGGUGUCAAGGGCUCUCAGGAGUAGCUGGUAAGGGCAGGAACCGAGAACAUGAGCGCAUCCUGGGAAUGGACGGUUGGAUCCAGUUUCGCUUUGCUCAAGGCUCGCCGGACAAGGAGCUGCGCUUCAACCGGGCGCUCCAGGAGGUUGCCGCACGCAAACCUAUCCACAAGAAUCCGACCAUCUUUGCCUGGCACGGAAGCAAUAUAGCCAACUGGCACAGCAUCGUGCGUACCGGCUUGGACUUUCAGGACAUCCGCUGUGGCCGCGCCUACGGUCAUGGUGUUUACUUUAGUCCCCAUUCCAGCACGAGCAUCAGCUACAGCUCCGGGGGGCAACACGCAUGGCCAAACUCGGAUCUCAACAUCACCUCGUGUCUGAGCCUGAACGAGAUCAUCAAUGCGUCGGACGAAUUCGUGGCGCGUACGCCGCAUUUUGUGGUCUCUCAACUCGACUGGCAUCAAUGCCGGUAUUUGUUUGUCCAGGCACAUGGGAGGGUGACUCAUAAUGGCACAGGGAACAAGAGUACGAACAAGGGAUCAGAUCACCAAGCAGGACGGGCGUUAAAGAAAGAAACGUUCUACCCUCAGGCGCCAGGGCUCGAGAUUUAUGGGCAGUCGGGCAAGCCGCUGCAAAUUCCAUUGUCCGCCAUCCCAUUCCGAACCAUUGGCCCAGCAGCCGGUACAACGUCGUUGAGCCCUACCAAGCGAGCGGUGCACCAGUUGGAGGAUAGCGACGGGGAAGAGGACGCUGAAGACGUAUCAAUAUUGCUCACAGAUGACGAACAUGAUGCUAUCGACGGCCCGCCAACUAAGAAGUCGGCGUCGCCUGCCUCUAGCAUGGACAUGGCGAUGACACAGGACGUUGGCGGCGCGCGCCCCCCCACCCCAGCUAACAUCAACAUCUACCGAGCAAUGACCGACUUUGAACCGGGCUCGCUCGAUCUGUCGUCGCUCUUGCGGCUCGCGCCGCCGUCAUUCGCAACCGAGGCCGCCACCAAGUCCCUCAGCCGCGAGCUGGUGCGCCUCCAGACCCUCCAGUCCAGGAUGUCGCUCCACGAGCUGGGCUGGUACAUGGACUUUGACAGCAUCAGCAACCUCUACCAGUGGAUCGUCCAGCUGCAUAGCUUCAACCCGUCGCUGCCGCUGGCGCAGGACAUGAAGAAGGCGGGCACCACGUCAGUCGUGCUCGAAGUGCGCUUCGGGGGCGGGUAUCCCUUCGCGCCGCCGUUUGUGCGCGUCGUCCGCCCGCGGUUCCUGCCCUUUAUGGAGGGCGGCGGGGGGCAUGUCACGGCGGGCGGCGCCAUGUGCAUGGAGCUGCUGACGUCGUCGGGCUGGAGUCCCGUUAGCAGCAUGGAGAGCGUCUUGUUGCAGGUGCGCAUGGCUAUGUGCAGUCUGGAACCCAAGCCGGCAAGGCUGGAUCGCAGGGUCAUGGCGGGGAGAAAAAAGGACUAUGGCGUUGCCGAGGCGAUUGAGGCGUUUGAGAGGGCGGUUCGAUCGCAUGGCUGGGCGGUGCCCCAGGAUUUGCGGGUUACUGCCAAUGGCGUCUGA